AUAGUCUUUUGGAGAUCCCACUAUUCAGAAAGAAAACCCACCAAACAAAGCCUUAUAGUGGGUGGUUAUUCUGAAGCUAUUAUCAUUGUCGAGAUGGCCCUUCUGGUUCAGUCCAUGGCUACUCAGAAGCCAAUUCCAUUAGCCACCAAAACUGUUGGCUCUAAAAAGGCUGCAACAGUAUUCCCGCUAGGAGAGCAAGGCCCAAGGACAAGUUACUCAACAACCACACCACCAGUGAAGCUACUAACAAGGGUGGAGCAGCUGAGACUCCUAACCAAAGCAGAAAAAGCUGGGCUCCUAUCAGCAGCAGAAAAGUUUGGUCUUUCGCUGUCAAGCAUAGAACAACUCGGUCUCCUCUCGAAAGCAGAAGAGCUAGGAGUACUUUCCACGGCUACUGAUCCUGGAACGCCAUCUGCUCUGCUGAGCCUGAGCUUGGUGUUGCUGGUUUUGGGUCCUUCCUGUGUCUUCCUGGUGCCCGAGGACUACCCCUGGGAAAUCGCGUUGCAGAUUGUGGUUGCUCUGCUUUGUGUGGUUGGCGGGUCUGCUGCUUUUGCAGCAUCAAAUUUUGUAUCCAAUUUGCAGAAAUCAAAUUGAAAUUGCUGAUACAGAUGUGUGCUGCACUGGGUAGUUUGUUUCUGUGUUGCUUUUUUAUUCUUUUUUGGUAACAAUGGAAAUUAUGGGAGCUCGGAAUUUCAUGCUUCAUGUACUGAUGCAGCACAGAGAGAGAGAGAGAGUUAUCCUUAAAAGAUAAGGAGCAUCACAAUAUCAUUUUCCAAAAGAAUAUAAAGAUGCACCAAAGAUCCAACACACUCUUUUAUGUCACUGAAUAAGAGAAAAAACCCCACAAAAACCGAAGAUGUUAUCAUCUGUUAAAUCUAACUAAUAUCCCAAGAAAGGAUAGGGAUGGAAAAAAAGGGGCAAAAGGGUUGAAGUAAUCAAAAUCCAUACGAAAUUUCUGGUACCCAAAAUUAUUGAAAUAAUAAUUUACUAACAAAAAUUGUUUUUUUUUUUUUUUUUCUCU